CACAUGACAUGGCUCCUACGUACACAGACUCGAUUGUGCACGGAGUAUUUGCUGGAAGGGGUACCAACGCAGGAUAUGCUGGUGAUGAAAGAACGAGAAAAAGAUUGGGCGGACGGUGAUGGUGAUUCUGUAGAUAUAAAUGCUUCGCGAAACAUCGAGUCCAUUGCUACAUUACGACAGAUCGCAAAAAUGUUGGAACGUUUGCCCAGAGUGGACAGUCGAAGUGCCCUUGAUGUUGUUUUAACUCAGCUUGUUAUCGGUGGUCAGGAUAAAAAGAACCAUCCAGGACAGUUGAUAUCAGCAUUCCUUGCCAGUGGUGUUACUCGGAUACUUGCACAUGCCAGGCAUAGCUCUGCCAGGGCUAAUUUGCUGGGUUGUCCGCUCGAAACACCACUGUCGCCAGAUGCAAUUGAUAUCGUCGUUUUGACACUUCAUGUACCGCCGGGUGGCAUAAGUUCCCCGGCAAUUGAUGAGGACGACCAUCUUCGAGCCAGUUCACUUUCAUCCGGCGGAUGUAUUUCACCACCAAUGAGCACUUCCUCAAAAGAGGAUAAUGUGACAGACGAAAGCUUGACGAAACGUUUAGUUGAAGUAUUUCCACCAAGAAAACCAUUCGAACUCGAGGACUGCAUUCUGACGUUGGAGGAUUAUCCAAAAUGGACAGCACCGAAAUACGACACACCAAACAUUGUCAGGCGAUACAAGCAAAUUCUGUUAGACAACGAACUUGUAUGUCGAGUUUUGACUGCCGUUAUACGAAAUACACGAGAGCAGUGGCUAAACAAAGCAAAAUUGGUUUAUCAACUUGGACGGCAGAAGGAACGAAUCGAUCUCAGAAAAGUUCUCGAAGCUACGAAAUGCGCUGAACAGACGAUCGUUAAAGAAAGCAGCGGCGCAAGCGCUGCGCACGCGGCACCGGAAAUCAAUCGAUAUCACGGAACGAUUGGACGCUAUGCACACAUUGUGCGCUUGGGGAGGCGCACUGGCUAUUCCGCAACCUUGCUCACAACCCUCUGCUGA